AUGGAUCACUACGACGCACCCGCAGCACCUUAUGACGAUGACGAUGAUAUACAAUUAUCAUUCGACACAUCCACGAACAAUAAUGAUCCAAAAGUUGAAUCCGAUGUCCAAAUUCAGCAACCAGCUAUUGGUGGUGCCGCAGCCGUGACUCCCGUCGGUGAUAAUAGAUCUGAACGUAGACACGACCAAAGAGUACAACAGUAA